UCUCUGAACGCUGUCCAGAGCCUUCGAGGGGGCAGUAGGAGGGGGAAGGAGGGCCUUGGCACCGAGGAGGAGGAGCAGGAUGGCGUCCAAGGCCUUUCGGCAAAAGAUGGCGCAGAGCGUCGUGGACUGCUCGACCAUUUUUGCCAAUGCGGGCUGUGUGGGCCAAGGCACAUAUGGCAUUGUUCACAAGGUUUAUCGCCUGGAAGGCACUCGUCAGCUGAAUCGAGGUUGUGCACUGCGUCAAGAAGGCGAUGAUCUGGACGACACCACCAAACCUUACGCCCUCAAGGGCAUGGUCACCUCGGUAUCUCGCACCGAAGGCUUCUCCACGGCCAAUCUGCGCGAACUUGCUCUACUGCGCGAGCUUCAUCAUGACAACGUCAUCUCGCUGCGAGAGGCUUUUAUUCACUCCAUGACCAAGGAAGUCUGGCUUCUCUUCGACUACGCAGAGUAUGACCUCUGGUGGCUCUGCAAUGAUCAUCGUAGCGCAAACCUUCGAUUGCAAGAGCCCAUGCUGAAGAGCAUCAUGUUUCAACUUUUGCAAGGCGUGCAUUAUCUUCAUGAGCAAUGGGUCCUGCAUCGUGAUCUCAAACCGGCAAAUGUAUUUCUCACACGAGGCGGGUCUAUCAAGAUUGGUGACUUGGGCAUGGCACGCGUUUUUGUGGCCCCACCCAAAGCUUUCUCCGACGUUGACCCAGUCGUUGUGACUUACUGGUACCGGGCACCAGAAAUCAUGCUGGGUGCCAAGCACUACACCAAAGCGAUUGACAUCUGGAGUAUUGGCUGUAUUUUUGCCGAGCUCAUUAAUCUGGUGCCCAUCUUUCAUGUGAAGAAUGACCAGAAUUCGCGUGAUCCUUACUACGCAGCACAACUUGAAGCCAUCUUCAAAGUCUUGGGCAUGCCCGAUGAGCAGAAAUGGUCACUCCUGAAGCAUAUGCCGCGCUACCCUGACCUCAAGCGUGACUUCAAAACUAAAGCUUCCAAAUUCGACGAUGUCCUCAGUAAACGAAUGAACGAGCCGGAGAGCUCGACGCGCCUCUCUUUGAUGCGCCGCAUGUUUCACUAUGACCCUGAAAAGCGCAUCAGUGCGGAUGAGGCGCUGACUGCGCCCUGGUUCAAAUCCGUGGACCGCUUUGAUCCCAAAAACUGUUUUGCCAAAGCCACGCGCGCGUAUCCUGCACGUGAAUUGGACAAGCCGUCGGAAGUGGCAGCGGAGGCGCCAAGUCACGGUGAGACAUUCAAGCACCUCCACAUCGCCUUAUCACGCAUGCCUGCCUGCCUGCCCAGCCAGCAAGCAACUGGUCAGAACAACAUAUUCGUGUUCACCCAGAUGUCGAUGAUCAAAAGACUAACAUUCCCGACGACGACCAGCACAGCUGUCCCAAGCGCACCAACUCGUCUCCGAGUUCAGCGGCUGGUCCCCGGAGAUGGCUGGCGAGUCGUACAUCGCAGUGAGCCAAGUCAAAAGGACCCAGUCACUCGGCGCACCGUCAUCAUUUCCGCGAGUCAGAGUAAUCCACGCCCCAUGCUUGAAGCCCUUGGCUUUCGGCACUCAGCCUCGUAUCUGCAUCGUGGCGCGGAAAAUAUCUUCGCUAGCCAAGUUUCCGUUCGCCUGGCUCGCGUCUCCAACCCGUCCACCAAAGUUGAGCUGACCCCCGGUCAUGAUCUGCUCGAGUGCAUUUGCAUCGGGACAAAUGCUCAGGAGGCAACACGCGUGCUAGAAAUGUUGGCAUCAACCCUCUUUCCGCAAGUACGAUUGCAAAAAGUAGAUGUCCAUCGCAGUGCUGCCCUGAUGACUCGCGCCGCGCGCUAAGUCGCCAUGCUCCCCCCCAAGAAGCCUGGCCUGUGAUGACCCAUUGCAUCUGGGCUCGGACUUGAAGCUCGAACCAUGGCCAAGGUGUAUCAUCAAUGACUGUCAAUAAAAUUAAUUGUUCUUCGCC